CCCGCGCGCCGCAGGCUCCCUCGAUUACCUUCUCCCCCACAUCCUCCUCCAAUUGUUCGCCCAAGAUGCAUUCAACGCUCGUCCGAGUGCAGAAUGUGUUCGGUUUCUUUACAACCGUAGCUUUUACUGUUGCGACGGUAAUUGCGCUGUCAACCUUCAUCCACCCUCAAAACCCCUCCGCGAGUGUACAGUUGCGCAAUGUUCAGGUGCAGCGCGGACGUCCCCACUACUACAGCUACAAGAAGGAGGAGUACGCUCAUAUCAAGUUUGACCUCGACACCGACCUGAGCAGCCUCUUCAAUUGGAACACAAAACAAGUAUUCCUGUACCUCAAAGCCGUUUACCCUUCCACGAAAGCCGGUGAGCCUGCCUCCGAAGCCAUAGUCUGGGACGCCGUCCUCGCGAGCGCUGCUCAAGCAUGGCACACCGUCCACUACGUCCACCCGAACCCCAAGAAGACCAAGAGCUCGAAGUCAGCGAAAGACAAGUCCAAGAAGACCGCGGAGUCGCCAUACCCCCGCGGCGAGAUCCACCUCAAGAACCAGCGUCCCAAGUACCAGAUCACCGAUGUCUCGGGAAAGCUGCAGAACAGGACAGACGUGGUGCUUGAGUUGGGUUGGAACGUCCAGCCGUGGGUUGGUGCGUUGGUUUGGACGAAUAAGGUCGACUUAGGCAUGUGGUUGGGGCUCAAGGGAGGUGUCAGCAAGCCGUUUGACUUCCCUGAAAUUGGCAAGAAGUCUGGGGACACUCAGACUGAGAAAGGCAAGGAGGGUCACCGUCUGGAAGUUGGCGGUGAACAUCCUGUUCGUAGGGGGUCUAAAUAGAAAAUAUCUCGAGGUCCGUUGUUGAAGCGAUAGCAUAGCAAGAAUUGGCGUUAUAGGUCUAUCUAUGGUUGUGUCCUGGAGAUAUCAAUAGCAAUUGAAUGUAGGUUAUUUGACACUGAUGGUUUCUACAAGAUUUGUCGAUGUAUUUAUUACAUAAAAUGUGGAUGUCACUUAUUGAGUUCCUG